AUGCUGUCGGCGCCAUUGAUUAGGGCCCUUGCAAGCGAUACCUCCGCGCAUUCCUCCAUCAACACUCCGGAAGUAUCAGGGCUAUUCGCAUCCUCUGCUCACGAUCUCGGCAGCGUCUUGGGCCCGAGCUCGCCGACUUCUCUCACUAGACACUACACUUCACUUCAAGAGCAUGCCGACCAGAUUACUGGCACAGAAACGGCAGGGAAAGAUGAAGGACUCACUCCAAGACAAGUGACCAGACGGGAGGGGUUUGCUUGGGGCCAACGACCAAGCCUCGAAGAUGAGAGGAGGCAUAGUCGUUACCAGAUGCCGAUGGAACAAGAACGACAAAGUUCACCUCCACCACUAGACGAAAUCAUUCGCAGAACGACCAUCGACGAUGCAGAUGAUCUUCAAAACAUCAAGCUUCGUCAUAUGGAUAGCAUAGAGUCACACGCUUCUGGGGUCACCUAUCCGGCCGCUUCCAUUUCUACGUCUGUGGAAACUAGUGAUUCUUAUGUCCGCGAUAACAGAAGAUCUUCUAUAGCGGCUUUCGCCAAAGGCAUCGUACAGCAUGUGCCCAACUUGAGAAUGCCACGUCCUCAAGAAAGCAAAGAAGAUCAGCAGCGACGAGACUCCGGUGAUGGAGCUUCCAUGAAGCUGCACAAGAAAGAUCGUGUGCUAUCCUUCGCACCACUUCCGUUUGUCAAGCCGAAAGAGUCAUAUGAGAAAGGCUCAAAACCAUCCGUUGUAAUCGAGGAGCCGUCGACGCCCGUGGAUACUCCCCCAACAGCAGUGAACAAUGCGACUACACCGUUGAACCCCCACUCGACGUCAAAAGGCGGACUCCGAGACCGCAGGAAGGUCAAUCUCGAUCUCUCCAUGCCAGCACAAAUGCCAGAUCUACCCGCUCGCGGUCGCUUACCCGUCGAUAUGACGGGCAGCCUCGGUGCCCCACGUCCGAGAAGUCCCAAAACGCCAUGGGUCCGGAAAGAGCAGCCACAGUGGGAACCAGCCAUGAUGACCAAGUCUGCACCGAUUCUCGAAGAGGAUUACAUUCGCGACAACACCUCGGCGCCGAGGAACGACAACUAUGGUGGCAUAGGCCUUUUACCUGAUAACAACACGCUCUUCUCUUCGCAGAGCCCAAAAUUUGAACGACCGCCGGCGAGAGUGAGGGAUCGGUGUUACAUCAGCCGUCCAAAGUCCAAGAGAACGAGAAGUGGCAGAAGUGACAAAAGUGGCACUAGUGCGAGCGAUUCAACUCUAGCUCGGACACCGGACAGUAGUUGGACCCCAGCAGAAGAGAGAAUAUAUCAAGAACACCAAGCUCAAACUAGAUCAGAGCUGCGAAAAAUUGCUAGUGAGUCCAAGGCAAGUCGCUCACGGCGCUGGUAUUGGUUGGGUAAAGCCUCUAGUGAGGAUGCUCCUUCUUCUCCUAGACCUGUAGAGCCUCUAAGUCGUCGCUUCUCGAUCAACCCAUUCAGACGGUCAAACAGAAUCUCGGACCAGACGGAUGCAGAAGUAAGCAAACAACAAGCUCUAUCUUCGAUUCAUCCUAGUCGCGGCAAACAUGUACCUCCAUCAACGUCCCUCGCACAUAUACCUGUCCCACCUGCUUUCAUCCCACCGGGCGUUCAGCGUGUACCGACUCCGCCCAUUUUCGACGCCAACGGUGAAGUGAAGGGCAAGUUGGCAAAUUUCUUCUUCGAUGCCCAAGGUGGCGGCGCUAUGAAUGUUCGUACCAAAAUCAAACCUAGUCCGGGAGGUUACUGGGACUCUGAUGCUUUGCUCAUGAGCCUGUCAAGCGACAUCGACAACCACGAAGACAACGAUGAAGACGAAGGCCCCGAAGGCCCACGUAGCGAUUUCGUGCACACACCCGUAGAUUUUGAACCAAAUGGCAAACCUGGACUUACAGCCAUUGUGAGCAAUGUCCAAGGAAAUAGUUCAAGUUACCUCAGCGUCAAACCACCAGCCAGCCCUUCGCUAGCAGCAACGUCUCCGAUGCUGGGCCAUGAUGGCUGGUACCGUAUUCACCAGUCGCAUUUCCCUGAUACACCAGACGAACGCACUCUCACAGCGCUUGCCCGACAAGAAGAAGAAGAACGCCGUAAGUUUGAAUGGCUCGUCCCUGAACAUCUUCCCGAUAGCCCUUUGUGCCCUCUGCAUGCAAAGUAUAGGGGGCCGAGUGCCGGCUUGUGUUACUGGCAUGGACGUAGGUCCGGUAAUAAGAUUAGGAAAGGUGAGUAUGGCAGGGCGGGAGUGAAAGCUGCUAAGAAGAGUAUAAGUGGGGAUGGUGGACAUAGCAAGGAUGACUAUCAUGCUGGAGACGUAGGGGUUGUCGGGACGCCGGGACUUGCGGGAACGCCGACUAGGGAGGUGAAAAAGAGGAGAUUGAUAAGUUUGUCCAGUUCUUAA